UUAAUUUUUCUGUUAAUAGUUAUAAAUGAGCUUGGAUGUUUUAAUCUUACCAAAUACAAAGUGGAUCUGAUGUCAAGAAGUGAAAAGCUUGGAAGGGACCAGUGUUUUACCCACUGCAGGGCGCUAUCUUCUCCACAAUAUGCUGUGCAUCGAAACAGAUCCGACUGCUCAUGUAUCAACCAAUCAGAACUUAAUGUUUCCAGUCUUCAUCAAGAUCGUGAUAUUUGUAAUGAAGCACUUGUCCCAACCGAGUACUGGGCACCUCUCUUCGAUUUAACUAAUGGUUUCUGUGGCGAUCCCCCUGAAAUCGAAAACGGAUCUUGGUAUAACACAAUGAAUGGAUUCCUAUACGGCACAACGAUCACCGCUAAGUGUGAUGAAAACUAUGAGCUUAUUGAUGGAGAUGGGAGGAUGCGAUGUGAGGAGAGCUCUACAAAUCAAGAUUUUGAAUGGCAUGGAAACAUUCCAUCUUGCCGAAUGAGGAAUACUGGUAAGUAA